AUGAGUCAUACCAAAUACUCACCGGUUGACAAUCACAAUUUUGUGCGCGACUGGCACCAGGGUCACUAUCCCGAUGGGUGGGCAUACAAACCGGUCACCUGGGUGUCAAUCGAUGACGCCCGAGCCUACUGCCGGUGGGCCGGUAAGCGACUGCCCCACGAGUGGGAGUGGCAGUACGCUGCCCAGGGUCACGACCAACGCAAGUAUCCCUGGGGCGACACUUUUGAUGCCAGUCGUGUGCCGCCACCGGUUACGGGACGUGACUUAACACCGCCCGCCGACGUCACGCUAUAUACGAAUGGCUCGUCUCCGUUCGGGGUCCUCCACGCUGUGGGGAGUGUAUGGCAAUGGACUGAUGAGUACGUGGACGACCACACCCGCUAUGCUGUGCUCAGGGGUGGAAGUUAUUACCAUGCUCAGGGUAGUAGGUGGUAUUUCCCGUCCAAUGAGACCCGGUAUACGUUGGACUUGCAUAACAAGUAUCUAUUAAUGGCCCCCUCACUGGACAGGGCGGCAACACUGGGAUUCAGAAUUAAUGGAAAUAACAAUCCAUUGAAUGGUGAACCAGAAGAGCACCGGGAGAUCAUGGGAUUGGAUGGAGCUAUUGAUGAGAGUUGUGGUGAACCCGAAGUACAUGUGGUGUCAGAGGAGACACAAGAAGUGCAGACUUUGGACACAGAGGUCGACGACAGAGACAGAUAUGAGAGGAAAGGAUCGGAAGAGAUGUCUGAAGCAGAAGAGGGCGGAGAGAGUGGUGUCGGAGACCAACACAAAGACACUUCAGAAUUGACAGAAGGAGGCGAUGGGAGGGAAGGCAGUGAUAAUUGUGAACCAAAUGAAGGUAAUGGUGCCCUUAAUUCAGGUGAUCAACCAUUUGUGUGUUUUUGGCCCAAAUGUGGCAAACGAUUUACUUAUAAAUCACAUCUCAAUCGACACAAAAGUGCCGUCCAUUUGAAGCUCAAGAGAUUCAUGUGUGAUGUCGAUGGCUGUGGUCAACAGUUUUCUGAGAAGUUUGAUCUCAAUGAACACAAAAACAUACAUUCGGGAAGAAAGCCUUACAAAUGCAAUGAAAUGGAUUGCGGCAAAUGUUUUGCACAACAUUCAUGUUUAUAUCAUAAAAUUCUGGUUCAUUUGAAGGAAAAGAGAUUUAAUUGCGAUUAUAAAGGAUGCGAUCAAAGGUUUGCAUUUAAAAAGGAUUUAAUUCCUCACAAACGGCUCCACUCGGGAGAGAAACGCUUCGCCUGCGAUAUCAUGGAUUGUGACAAACGAUUCGCACAGAAAUCAACCCUAAAUCGACACAAACAUAGCAUUCACUUGAAACUCACAUCAUUUGUCUGCAAUGACAGCAAUUGUAACAAACCUUUUACACGACAAUAUGAUCUGGAUCAUCACAAACGCGUACAUUCAAGAAACACAUAA